AUGCAGCUCCUUGCAGCCCCGACUCCUGGACCUCCCGGGGGCCGACGCAAAUCCUCCGCAGCCCCGACUCCUAGACCUCCCAGCGACCGGCGCGGCACGACCGUGGUGAGAAACGGCCGGCACGCAGCAUGCGGCGCCCGCGUCUUCACCGUCCAAAUUGGGAGAGGAUACAUAUGCAGCCGGCUAGCGGAGCUCCCCGUCGUCGACUGCAUCGCGCCCCAUCGCCUUCCCGCCGCCCCUCUCCGCCAGAGCCGCCGCCGCACGCUCCCUGACGAGAAUCACGGUGGCUCCAGGUCCAGGGGCAUCGGGAACGGCGCACGAUGGAGAUCCGCGGAGCUCAAAAAGCGGCAUGGAUGCGCCCAAGUCCGGUUAAGGGCGAGACGACCUCGCCGUCCGCUGGCUGCAAAUCCCCAGCGGCGGCCACGGAGCUCAAAAGGCGGCAUGGAAGCGCCCGAGGCCGGUUGCGGGCGACACGACCUCGCCGUCUAUUGGUUGCAAAAUCCCGGCGGCGUCUGGAGGAGACGGCGCGUGGUGGCAGAGGAGGAGGGAGGCAGCUCGGUCGCUGUUGCGGGGGCAAAGGCUCGGCUGCUGGUGACGGCGACGCGCAGGCCGAUGCGGUGGUCAUCGGGCGGGCUCGCGAGGCUGCCCCAGACCCUGCCGUUCUCCAUGGCCGCCGCCGGGCUGUGGAGCUCCUCGUGGCAUGGCCGCCGCCGAUGCGAUGGCGGAUGCGGGGAGAGGGGUGGAGCGAUGGAGUGGGUGGAGCCUUCUAUAGUGGAAUCUUUAAAAAAACUUAUAUUAAGGAACAGAGGGAGUACAAGUCAAAAGUCUUUGUGCUCCGCUGCUAUACAAAGUGGGGAGCGGACGCGGUUUUUUCCAAAGGCUUCGCUUCGAGGCGCCCGCUUCCGCCACCGUUCCGACCCAAAGCCGGCAACCGUCGAGCCGCCAUCUCCACGGCUCCACCGCCGGCCGCCGUCGUCGCCUCCAGGGCCGCCGCCGCCUCGUCGCUCCGCCUCUGCGCUGCUCCGCCGCCAGGUGGCCACCUCUGCCAGGGUCGACCCUGAGCCGUCGAGUCACCGCAGGCCUCUUCAGCCGCCGCCGAUGCGCGGCUCGCCUCUCCUCCUUGUACGUCGACCCGCCGCUGCAUCGGGCCGGCCUUGCUGUUUCAUCGCUCCGUCACCUCGGGUCUCUUCAGCUAUGCUGCGGCCCGCCCCGCCGACAGCACGUAGCCGCGAGUGUGGCCUCGGAUCUCCGGCCGCCUCCGCCACCUCCCGGCCUCGCGCUCCAAUCGCUGCUUCGACCGCGCCCAAUUCAAAUCGCCGGCGUCCGCCUCAUCUCGCCCUGGAUUUGAGCCGCCACCGCCGCGGCCUUACCUCACUUCCACCUACGCUGCCAGCGGCCUCCGUUACCCGCCUCAACUGUAGCGGGGGAGAGCCGCCGGCCGCUCUCCACCUCUGGCCGUCGUUCCUCCGCCUUGAGCCGCCCGUCAUCGUCGACCUGAGCUGGCUGCUCGACCCAUCAAGUCGCCGCUGCUCUGCGGCGCCGCAUGCCUAG